AUGAGCGCAGCUUUCCUCCGGCGUCGUCCGGACACAUCUGCGCUGCGGAGAAUCAACCUCCUCACUCGCCGCUACAACUCCGUUAAGCAAUCAGCACCAAUUGGCUUGGUAACGGCUCGAAGUCAGUCGUCUGCUCUAAAGCCGACCGCCCAAUGUCUGACAUCGCGUACGUUCUUCAAUCCCCGAUACUCGGUCCGGCAUAAGUCCACAACAGCAGAGGCCGCUGCGGUCGUGCAAAGGUCCUCUCUCCGCAAUGCCUUGUUCAAGUCAUUCGCAUACUGUGGUUUCUUCAUCGUUAUGAGCGGCGCAGCAGUGGUAGCUUUCUUCAUCUACGAUGCAACCACCUACCGCGAGAACUCUAGCGCCGCGGAUGUCCCGGUCUCGGAAUUGGCCCUGAACCCUCGACGAGGUGGUCCCAAGAAUUUACCCAUUGCCGAGGUUCUGAUAAGUGACAAUGACUCGGAUGACCGCUUAGCGUCGAAGGAUAAGCCUAGGUUGGUGGUGUUGGGAACAGGUUGGGGCAGCAUUGCGCUGCUCAAGCACCUCAACCCGGGCGACUACCACGUCACGGUAGUGUCUCCGACCAAUUAUUUCUUGUUCACGCCUAUGCUGCCAUCCGCGACGGUGGGCACUCUCGGCUUGAGAUCCCUCGUGGAGCCCGUUCGUCGCAUUGUGCAGCGGGUCAACGGCCACUUCUUGAAGGGACAAGCCGAAGACGUUGAAUUCUCGGAGAAGCUAGUCGAGGUGUCUCAGGUGGACGCCAAUGGCAAGGAACAGAGAUUCUAUCUUCCCUAUGAUAAGUUGGUCAUCGGAGUCGGCUGCGUGACGAAUCCCCACGGUGUCAAAGGCCUCGAGAAUUGCCAUUUCCUCAAGAGCAUUGACGACGCUCGUAAGAUCAAGAACCAAGUCUUGGAUAACAUGGAGUUGGCCUGUCUCCCGACCACUAGUGACGAAGAGCGCAGGCGUCUUUUGUCUUUCGUUGUCUGUGGUGGUGGCCCGACUGGCGUAGAGUUCGCUGCUGAAUUGUUCGAUCUGCUAAACGAGGACCUCCUCCACUCCUUCCCCAAGGUCCUGCGGAACGAGAUCUCUGUGCACAUCAUUCAGAGCCGUAGCCAUAUUCUCAACACCUACGAUGAAGCUUUGUCUCGCUUUGCCGAGGCCCGAUUCGCUCGUGAUUCUGUGGAUAUUUUGACCAAUGCCCGAGUCAAGGAAGUCCGCGGUGACAAGGUCCUCUUCACUCAGACCGAAGACGGCAAGAUUGUCACCAAAGAGAUUCCAAUGGGCUUCUGUCUCUGGUCCACUGGUGUCUCCCGCGCCCCUCUUUGCGAACGACUCUCCGAGAGACUCGAAUCCCAAAACAACAAACAUGCCUUAGAGACCGACUCGCACUUGCGCCUCAUCGGAGCACCUCUGGGCGACGUUUAUGCCAUUGGUGACUGUAGCACGGUGCAAAACAACAUCGCCGAGCACAUUGUUUCCUUCCUCCGCACUAUUGCAUGGGAAAAGGGCAAAGACCCGCAAAAGUUGCACCUCACUUUCCGCGAGUGGAAGGAGGUUGCCAACCGGGUCAAGAAGCGAUUCCCCCAGGCUUCGAAUCACCUCCGUCGCCUCGACAAGCUCUUUGAACAGUAUGACAAAGACCACUCGGGAACUCUCGAGUUUGGCGAACUCUCCGAGCUCCUGCACCAGAUCGACAACAAAUUGACCUCUCUUCCGGCCACUGCACAGCGCGCCAACCAGCAGGGCGAGUACCUCGGCCGAAAAUUGACCAAGAUCGCAGCUGCGUUGCCGGGCAUGCAGGCCAACCAGAUUGACUACGGCGAUCUUGAUGAGGCGGUUUACAAAGCCUUCAAGUACAAGCACCUGGGCAGUCUGGCCUACAUCAGUAAUGCGGCGGUCUUUGACUUCGGAGGCAUGAAUUUCAGUGGCGGUGUGCUGGCGAUGUAUCUGUGGCGGAGUGUGUAUUUCGCUGAGAGUGUGAGCUUCCGGACCAGAUGUAUGCUGGCCAUGGACUGGGCCAAGAGGGCGCUGUUUGGAAGAGAUCUUAUGAGUUUCUAA